GCACGUACCUAACCAAAUCAACCUCCCCAACAAUCGAUGGCCAGUCCUCAACACAAGGAGAGGAAAGGGUCGCUCACAACGUGCGACAUUCGUGACCCCAGACCCUUUUGAGGGUGUGAUGCUUUGGGAACGUCGGACCAUCCAUCGAAAGGUCUGGCGUCCUAAGGAUGCCGAACCAUCAGAUGCUCCGGCGUCGUCAAGGCGUCGGAGCAUUGAAGGGUCUGGCGCCUCAACGACGCGGGAUAAUCAGAUCGCUGAAGGGCGUGGCGCCCUCGAGCCUCCGGAUCAUCGGAUGGCACGACCAUCAGAUUCUCUGACGUCGUCAAGGCGCCUGACCAUUGGAGGGUCUGGCGCCUUGAGGAUGCUAGAGCAUCGAGGGUCUGGCGCCUUGAGGAUGACGGACCAUCAGGGGGUUUGGCGCCUUGAGGAAGCCGGACCAUCAGAUGGCCUGGCGUCCUCGGAACCGCCAGACCUUCCGGUGGUCCGGCGUCCUCGAGCCGCCGGACCAUCGGAUGGAACGACCAUCAGACGGUCCCCGUCGUCAAGGCGUCGGACCAUCGGAGGGUCUGGAGCCUUGAGGAUGUCGGACCAUCGGAAGGUCUGGGGCCUUAACGAUGUCGGACCGUCGGAGGGUUUGGUGCCUCGACGAGGGCGGACCCUCUUACCGGACCGUCCGAUGGUCUGGCGGCCUCGAGCCGCUGGACCAUCGGAUGGCACAACCGCCGGAUGGUGCGGCGUUGUCGAGGCGCCGGUGCAUUGGAGGUUCUGCCGCUUUGACGAUGCCGGACCAUUGGAGGGUCUGGCGCCUUCACGACGUCGGACCAUCGGAGGGUUUGGUGCCUCGACGACGCCGGACCAUUUAACCGGACCAUCGGCGUCGUUGAUGCGCCGGACCAUCGGAUGAUACAACCAUGAGAUGGUCCAGCAUCGUCGAGGCGCCAAAACAUCG